AUGAGACGCAACAGCCUCAAGGAUAAUUUUCGGCACCUUCUCUUUGCCCUUGUACUGCCCAUGGUAGGCCGUUGGACAGUUCUUACAUGUCCAGUGCAUGAAGUCAAGCGAGUCAAGCAUUCCUGGGAACCCGUGUUUCUCCCCUUCUUCGAGUACGGAGGAACUCUUCGCCAAAGACUUCGCACACUCCUUGGCAGAAAUGGUGGAGGCUCUUCAGGUUGGUGCUCUCACCCAUACAGCAACAAAAACAACAGCAGCAACAAAAACAACAACAAAAAGAGCAACCCACAAAACAAGAAAGACAGCAACGCAGAAGCUGGCCAAAUGUCAUAUGCCACACAAGCAAAGAAGGGCAUAGAUGCCAAGCAGGCCAAGCAGAAAGUACAAAUCCGCAGAGUCCAGGGACAACGACUCCUCCAAAAACCCACUGGCCCAUCUGAGUACGAAUUUGUCUACCUCCCGGCCAAACGAUACAUUAAGUACCAGGAAAUGAGAAAGAUCCUCAGUUCCUUCAAGAUCCCCACUUCCCGCAUCCUUGACAUCCAAUUCCCGGCCAGAGGGACAGUGGCUCUCCUCGUUAAUGGAGAGUUCCGUGAAGAGCUCAUUGCACUGCUUGGAAAAGCCAAGGUUGUCCCACUGGGGAACUUUGAUCUGACCGCAGCAGACGUAAUCGCAGAUCCCAAGUUGAUGGAAGAGGCCAUCAAGGUUAUGGCAAGAAAAGCCCAGGACCUAUUCGACGCACGCCUGGUCAAGGCAAGUCUCUGCAUGACAACAUACCUUGGUCACGGUGUCACCCGCAAUUUCUCGUCCAAAAAGGCUGUAGUAAAGAUUUCGGAGACUGCAGUAUCUGACUACCUGGAGGGCCGAAAAACUACCAGCACCACUGCCCCUAAUCCACCAAAACGCCAAUCACUACAACACAUGAAUAGACUGAAGAUCGGUUUAUUCAACGCCAAUAGACUACGGCCCAAAUUGGUGAAUGUGAUAGAUGCUUAUGAGACGAACGAUAUUGCUAUUCUUUUUGUUGCAGAGACUUUCCUGCCUGAGAGCGCCUCUGCUCUCCAGUGCCCUUGGACCCAGAUACACAACUUUGCCAUUCCAAAACGUCACCAGAGCCAAUGGAUGGCAUCUCGCUACUUAUAA